AUGGGCAAAGACUACUACGCGAUUCUGAACGUGUCGAAAGGCGCGUCGGACGACGAGCUGCGCAAAGCGUACCGGAAACUCGCGCUCAAGUGGCAUCCGGACAAGAACCCGAGCGAUCCGGACGGCGCCCAGCGCAAGUUCCAAGAGAUUGGCGAAGCGUACGAAGUGCUGAGCGACAAGAAGAAGCGCGAGAUCUACGACGUGUACGGCGAAGACGGCCUGAAGGGGCAGCCAGCCGAAGGGCCUGAAGGCGGGAUGCCGGGCGGGAUGCCAGGCGGCGGGAUGCCCGGGGGGUUCACGUACACGACGACGUCGAGCAGCGGCUUCCCCGGAAGCAGCUUCAGCUUCCACUCGACCGACCCGACCAAAAUCUUUGAGCAGUUCUUUGGCACGUCGAACUUGCACGAAGCCGAGCGCAGCGAUCCCAUGGCGUCGAUGUUCGGCGACAUGGGCUUUGGUGGGAUGCGCGGGAUGCGCACCAGCGGCGGCGGCUUUGGCGGCACGCGCGACCCCUUUGGGCAGUCGAAGCAGCCGCGCGCGCAGAAGCUCAAGAGCGAACUGGAGGUCCCGCUCGAGCAGCUCUACGCUGGCAGUGUGAAGAAGCUCAAGAUCACGCGCAAGGUGCACGACCCGAGCUCGAACACGCUGCGGGAAGAGCAGAAGAUCUUGGAGAUUAACAUUCGACCGGGAUGGAAGGACGGCACUAAGGUGACGUUUGAAGGCCAGGGCGACGCGCUGCCGGGUCGACCCGCGCAGGACAUUGAGUUUGUGAUCCGAGAGAAGGCGCACCCCAAGUUCAAACGCGACGGCGACAAUUUGCUGUACCGGGCCAAAGUGUCGCUGCGCGAUGCGCUGCUGGGCAACGGCACGUUGAGCGUCAAGAUGUUGGACGGACGCGAAGUGCCUGUUCCGCUCGGCGGUGUGAUUGCGCCGGGCACGAAGCUCGUCAUUGCUGGCGAAGGCAUGCCGCUGCAGAAGAACCCUUCGCAGCGGGGCAACUUGAUGGUGGAGUUUGACGUGCAGUUUCCCACGCAGCUCACGGAAGCGCAGAAGAAUAUGGUGCGUCAGGCGCUGUGA